AUGGACACCUAUAAAGACACCUUUCAGCUUCCCCGCAUCAAGGGCCAACCCCUGCAUGUCCUCAUCGUCGGCGCCGGCAUCGCAGGCCUUUCCGCCGCCCUGGCGAUACAUAAAACCGGCCACAAAGUGACCAUCCUCGAGCGGGUGCGGGAAAUCGCCGAGGUCGGGGCGGGCAUCCAGAUGGCGCCGAACGCAGCGCGGAUUCUCGGUCGCUUGGGUCUACUGGAGAAGGUCAUGGAGAAGGCGAACGUGUUGGAGAUGAAUUCUCUCCGACGGUAUAAGAAUGAUGAGGAACUGGGGAAGGCGGAGUUGAUGCCUUCUGUCGGAGAAAAGUAUCACGCCCCCCUUGCCGUCAUCCAUCGCGGCGACCUGCAAAGUAUCCUGCUUGAGGCGGUACGGUCGGAAAAUAUUCCCAUUCGAACUGACUCGCGGGUCGUAUGUGCGGCGCCUGAUUUCUCCGCUCGCGUGCAGCUUCAUACCGGGGAAUGGGUAUCCGGGGAUGUUGUUAUCGGGGCGGAUGGGAUCAAGUCCGAUCUGCGACACCAGAUGGCGGCGCAACAUGGCGUGAAGGAUAUUUGUCAGCCGACCGGGGAUGCGGCGUACCGGAUCCAGAUCCCUGAGGAUAAAAUGAAGGGGGAUCCGCGGGCGCGGGAGUUACUGAAGAAGAAUGUUGGGAUGCGGUGGAUGGGACCGGGAGGCCAUAUUAUGGCGUAUCCGAUGAAAAACAAUACCGUGUAUAAUAUGGUGUUGUUGCAUCCGCAGAAAGAAGGCGCGGAGACGGAGGAAAGCUGGACGAAUAAGGGAGAUAAACGGGAGAUGGAGGAAUUUUAUUCCGAGUGGAAUGGACUCGUUCGCGAUUUAUUGAGUUAUGUUCCGGAUGGGGAGGUGAUGGAGUGGACGCUGAACUCGCAUUUCCCGCUGCCGACGUGGAUUGAGAAUCGCGUGGUUCUGAUGGGCGAUGCGUGCCAUCCUAUGCUGCCGUAUGUGGCGCAGGGAGCGGCGCAGGCGAUCGAAGAUGCUGGGGUGCUCGGGUGUGUAUUGGCCUUGACGGACGAUAUCGAUAGCGCGUUGGCGGUUUAUGAGCGGGUACGAAAGGAUCGCGCCGAACAGAUUCAGAAGAGUGCGGCAGUGACCCGGAAAGCGCUGCAUUUGCCGGAUGGCGAGGAACAGCGCAAGCGCGACGAGGCUAUUCGCGGCCCUGGGAAGAAUCCGGAUCUUUGGGCGGAUAAAUCCUGGCAGGAUUUCAUGUGGGGUACAGAUGUCAUGAGGGAGACCGUCGAUAACUUCGACGAUUUGGUUGCUCGCAGUCACGGAUACCAUCCACAUGCGUUGAAUGCGGUGGCUUAUUAG